AUGACUAAUGUUACCAAGGAGUACCCUGAUUUCUUCAAAGUCUUCCUUCUAGAAAAGCACUAUGAGAGAAUGCAAAUUCCAGAUGCUUUUGUGAAUUUGAUGUGUUUGAAAACAAGAUUAAUGAAGGAUGUUACACUGAGAGAUCAUAGAGGAAGAGAAUGGCAUGUCAAAACGCGUUCUGUUGGUGCAAAACUUUAUUUUGCUGAUGGUUGGAAGAGAUUUAGAGAACAAAAUUGUUUAGAAGAGAGUGAUUUCAUUGUUUUCACACAUGUUGAAAACAAUGUGUUCAAGUUUAAAAUCCUUGAAUUGGCAUCAAUGUGUGAGAAGAUUAAGGUAAUGGAAGUGGACAACAAUGUGAUGGAGGAGGAAGAUGAUGGUGAUGCUAAUGGUGAUGAUGAUGAUGAUGAUGAUGAUUAUGAUGAUGAUAAUGAUGAUGAUGAUGAUGAUGUGAUGAUGAUAGAACAUGAUGAUGAUGAUGAUCCAGAAGAAGAGAUAGAAGCUGUGAAGGGAAACAUUAGAAAUCAACCUCAACAUUUGAGAACAUGCAAAGCUAGGGACAUUGAGAGCAGUUCUAAACAUUCAAAACAUGAAGAUGAUGAAUUUGAUGCUGAAAUAUAUGUUCAGGAAGGAAAUCCAUAUUUUGUUGUAAAACAAUCUCAUAACCGACCCAAUGAAAUAGUAACAUACUAUAUACACUAUUCUCUGUUUUUUCAUUUCUUUAUUAUAUAUAUGCAUUGUUUUUUGUUUAACAUGGGUGCAUUGCUAGAUAAUCUAUUCCAAAAAACACAAUUAAGGACUUUUGCCUUUGCUUUACAAAACAUAUCCCACUUGUAUGUUGCCAUUGGUGUUCAAAAAAGAGAUAUUGAGGCCUAUCAUUUCGUCUUGCCACAAAUUAGCACAGAACACAUCAAAAAGAGAGGUGAAAUACGUAGAUGGAAAGAUGGUCGGGUACUUGUGCAAGGGUGGGAAGGUUUUUGUAGAAAGAGCAAGAUCAAAGAGAAUGAUAGAUGCAUAUGUGAGCUCGUGUUGCGUGAAGACAAAACAAUCGAAAUGUUAAGAGUGCAUGUAAUUAGGAGGAAAUGAAUGAACACUCAUUACAUAAUCAUUUAGCUUGCAGUAUGACAAUUGUAGUUAGGAGGAAAUGUGAAGACAAUUGUAAUGUCAUAAUUGAAUUUAGUACCCUGCUAACAUUGGGCUUAAAUCCACUUGUUUACUUUGCAACUAUUUUAUGUAUAAAUUUUAGGUAUUGAGAAAGUUUGGAUGUUUCAUUUUCUCCUUUUAAAAAUGGAAAAUCACUAAGCCACUACUGUUGGAAAAAUCUUUCAAAAGUCUUUUCUCCAAUCCUUCUAUGUUUUUUUGCCUCUAGUGUAAUCCAUUUCCAUUUUAUUAACAUAACCUUCUAAUAAUAAAACAAGGACCACCAAUCUCUAUAACAAGUUCCUUCAUGACUUUAACACUAUCCCUCAAGAGUCAUUGAUUAACAUAGCUCUACCUUAGUUUAGCAUAGUUUGAACCCCAUGUGUAACCAAAGUUUUACAAACAUGAUUUAAUAGUCCAGUUGAACCAAUUGAAUCAGGAAUCGGGAUGUUAUUUUUCUUCUUUUUUUUUUAGUGUUUCUAUAUCAUGCUUGAACAAAUUGAACCAAACUUGGAGAUAUCAGCAUAUCAAUGAAUUCAUCACCGAUCCAAUUUUCAAAACACUGCUCAAUAAUCAAUCAGGUUCCAAGCAUCUAACUUCAUUGCUUGUAAAAUUAACAAGACAUGUUAACUAAUUCUCUCACAGCAUGAGCACACUUUCACACAUACUUGAAACAAAAGUCUUCCCUUUCAAAUUAACAGGUAUAUUUUAGUUUGAUUAUACUUGGGAACAUGGUGUUCAUAAGUAAUGGAAAACUGAAAAAUAAAUCAAUUAUAUAUGAUGUUUUGCACUUGCACCUUGCAUAUUACAUUCAGCAAAAGUUCCACGUUUCAUACUGGUAUUGAACAAAAUGGUCUCGUUCCAAAAAGCUUCUUGGUAGUCCUUUCAUAUCCAACUACUACUACUACUAUUCGCACAAAA